GAGCUGAGAGAUCUGGCAUCCAAACACCCAAACCUGGUUCUUGUGAAGCUGGAUGUUGCAAAUCCCUCCACGAUUACUGAUGCAGCGAAGAUCGUGGAGGGGAAGCUGAACGGCACGGGCUUGAACCUGCUAAUAAACAACGCUGGCAUCUACACCCCGACGGCGUCGUUGGAGACGGUAGAUGCUGAAGAGAUGAUAAGGACGUACAAGACCAAUGCGGUGGGGCCAAUGCUGAUGGCCCAGGCGUUCCUGCCCCUGUUGAAGAAGGCUGCCCAGAAGAGCACAGAAAAGGGACUGAGUUGCAGCAAGGCAGCCAUCAUCAACAUCUCCACCAUCAUGGGGUCCAUCGAGAAAACGCCCGAGUCCUUCUUCAAGCCUGUCAUCUCCUACCGCUGCAGUAAGGCUGCCCUCAACAUGCUCACCAGGUGCCAGGCUCUGACCUAUGGGGAAGCCGGUAUCCUCUGCGUGGCACUUCACCCCGGCUGGGUCAAAACCGACAUGGGCAGCCAGGAGGCUGACCUGACCGUGGACACAAGUGUGCGAGGGCUGCUGUCCGUACUGCCGAGCCUCUCUGAGAAACACAGUGGGACUCUGCUCAACUGGGAAGGUAACGCUAUUCCUUGGUGA